GAAGAGGCCACAUCUGCUUCCUGUAGGCCCUCUGGGCAGAAGCAUGCGGUGGUGUCUCCUCCUGAUCUGGGCCCAGGGGCUGAGGCAGGCUCCCUUCGCCUCAGGAAUGAUGACAGGCACAAUAGAAACAACGGGGAACAUUUCUGCAGAGAAAGGUGGCUCUAUCAUCUUACAAUGUCACCUCUCCUCCACCACGGCACAAGUGACCCAGGUCAACUGGGAGCAGCAGGACCAGCUUCUGGCCAUUUGUAAUGCUGACUUGGGGUGGCACAUCUCCCCAUCCUUCAAGGAUCGAGUGGCCCCAGGCCCUGGCCUGGGCCUCACCCUCCAGUCACUGACCGUGAACGAUACAGGGGAGUACUUCUGCAUCUAUCACACCUACCCUGAUGGGACUUACACAGGGAGAAUCUUCCUGGAGGUCCUAGAAAGCUCAGUGGCUGAGCACAGUGCCAGGUUCCAGAUUCCAUUGCUUGGAGCCACGGCCACGACGCUGGUGGUCAUCUGCAUAGCAGUCAUCGUGGUGGUCGUGUUGGCUAGAAAGAAGAAAGCCCUCAGAAUCCAUUCUGUGGAAGGCGACCUCAGGAGAAAAUCAGCUGGACAGGAGGAAUGGAGCCCCACUGCUCCCUCACCCCCAGGAAGCUGUGUCCAGGCAGAAGCUGCACCUGCUGGGCUCUGUGGAGAGCAGCGGGGAGAGGACUGUGCCGAGCUGCAUGACUACUUCAAUGUCCUGAGUUACAGAAGCCUGGGUAACUGCAGCUUCUUCACAGAGACUGGUUAGCAACUAGAGGCAUCUUCUGGAAGAUAUACUUUUGUCUUUGCUAUUAUAGAUGAAUAUAUAAGCAACUGUACUCUCCAUCAGUGCUGCGUGUGUGUGUGUGUGUGUGUGUGUGUGUUUGUGUGUGCUCAGCUGAGUGAAUAAAUGUCAUCCUCUUCUCCAUCUUCAUUUCUUUGGCCUUUUCGUUCUAUUCCAUUUUGCAUUAUGGCAGGCCUAGGGUGAGUAACGUGGAUCUUGAUCAUAAAUGCAAAAUUAAAAAAUAUCUUGACCUGGUGUUAAAUCUGGCAGUUUAAGCAGAUCCUAUGUCUCUGAGAGACACAUUCCUCAUAAUGGCCAGCAUUUUGGGCUACAAGGUUUUGUGGUUGAUGAUGAGGACGGCAUGACUGCAGAGCCAUCCUCAUCUCAUUUUUUCACGUCAUUUUCAGUAACAUUCACUCAUUCAAAGGCAGGUUAUAAAUAAGUCCUGGUAUCAGCCUCUAUGGGGAGAUUUGAGAGUGACUAAAUCUUGGUAUCUGCCCUCAAGAACCUACAGUUAACUGGGGAGACAAUGUUGUCAUGAAAAGGCAUUAUAGUAAGGAGAGAAGGAGACACACACAGGCCUUCAGGAAGAGACUACAGUUUGGGGUGAGGUAGUUGGCAUAGGCUUAUCUGUGAUGAAGUGGCCUGGGAGCACCAAGGGGAUGUUGAGGCUAGUCUGGGAGGAGCAGGAGUUUUGUCUAGGGAACUUGUAGGAACUUCUUGGAACUGAAAGUCCCACAAAGAAGGCCCUGGCACCAAGGGAAUCAACCAACUUCAGAUUUUAUUCUCUGGGCAGGCAUUUCAAGUUUCCUUUUGCUGUGACGUACUCGUCCAUUAGACAGCCUGAUACAGGCCUCUAGGCUUUUCCGGCCGUGUGUGCUGGGGAAGCCCCAGGAAACGCACAUGCCCACACAGGGAGCCAAGUCUUAGCAUUUGGGCCUUGAUCUACCUUUUCUGCAUCAAUACACUCUUGAGCCUUUGAAAAAAGAACGUUUCCCACUAAAAAGAAAAUGUGCAUUUUUAAAAUAGGGACUCUUCCUAGGGGAAAAAGGGGGUGAUAGAGGGUUUAAAAAAUAAACACCUUCAAACUAACUUCUUCGAACCCUUUUAUUCACUCCCUGACAUCUUUGUGCUGGGGUUGGGGUAACUGAACUGCUUAUUUCUGUUUAAUUGCAUUCAGGCUGGAUCUUAGAAGACUUUUAUCCCUCCACCAUCUCUUUCAGAGGAAUGAGCGGGGAGGUUGGAUUUACUGGUGACUGAUUUUCUUUCAUGGGCCAAGGAACUGAAAGAGAAUGUGAAGCAAGGCUGUGUCUUGCCCAUGGUUAAAAAUAAAGCAUUGCCCCGCUUCCUAAGACUUAGACUGGGGUUGACAAUUGUUUUAGCAACAAGACAAUUCAACUAUUUCUCCUAGGAUUUUUAUUAUUAUUAUUUUUUCACUUUUCUACCAAAUGGGUUACAUAGUUAGGAAGAAGGAACUGAAAUCUGUCCAGAACUCCAAGUCCUUUGGAAGAAAGAUAGAUGAAUGUAAAAAUGUUGUUGUUUGCUGUGGCAGUUUACAGCAUUUUUCUUGCAAAAUUAGUGCAAAUCUGUUGGAAAUAGAACACAAUUCACAAAUUGGAAGUGAACUAAAAUGUAAUGACGAAAAGGGAGUAGUGUUUUGAUUUGGAGGAGGUGUAUAUUCGGCAGAGGUUGGACUGAGGGUUGGGUGUUAUUUAACGUAAUUAUGGUAAUUGGGAAACAUUUAUAAACACUAUUGGGAUGGUGAUAAAAUACAAAAGGGCCUAUAGAUGUUAGAAAUGGGUCAGGUUACUGAAAUGGGAUUCAAUUUGAAAAAAAAUUUUUUUAAAUAGAACUCACUGAACUAGAUUCUCCUCUGAGAACCAGAGAAGACCAUAUCAUAGCUGGAUUCCUGGAGACAUGCACUAUCCACCACGUAGCCACUUUCCACAUGUGGCCAUCAACCACUUAAGAUGGGGUUAGUUUAAAUCAAGAUGUGCUGUUAUAAUUGGUAUAAGUAUAAAAUCACACUAGAUUCUGGAGAUUUCAUAUGAGUAAUAAGAAUACUAUUUCAGUAGUUUUGGUAUAGUGUGUGUCAAAAAUGAUAAUAUUUUGGAUGUAUUGGGUGAAAUAAAAUAUUAACAUUA